AUGGCAAAGUUGUCAUUACCAUUCGUCCUCCUCCUCCUCCUCGCCAUUGCUCUCCCACCACUGUCAGGAGCCAGCAGCAGAAGCACCGCCGCCGCCGACGUGGAAUGUUUCCAACGUCCGGCCGGUGGAGAUGCCGUCGUACAUGGCAGCUCGGUGGAGCCGGAAGAAAAAUCUUCCGAUGAGGACGACGACGCAGGAUACAUAUUAUUGCCCAGUGAUAAUAAUGAUGACGAUGACGAGGAGGAGGCAACGUCUGCAGAGUCGUCGGAUGGCGGGUCUGAUGAGGAGGAGGACGCCGCCGGCGAUCAACUAGGGCUCGUGGUGGGUAACGUGGUGACGCAAGAUUUCUUCAACAGCAUAAUAAGCCAGGCAGCUCCGAGCUGCGCCGGGAAGCGAUUCUACAGGCGGAAUGAUUUCCUCACCGCCGCCAGGUCGUUCCCUCAGUUCGGCCAGCUCAAACCCGACGGCGCCGCCAAGGCCGAGAUCGCUGCCUUCUUCGCCCACGUCACCCACGAAACUGGACGUAAGUUCGAUUCGUUAAAUUUGUGCUAUGUCGAGGAGAUCAACAAGCAGAGGUACUGCGACCCGACGAAAGAGAAGCAGUGGCCGUGCGCCCCGAAGAAGCAAUACUACGGGCGGGGCCCACUGCAGCUGACGUGGAACUACAACUACGGGUUGUUCGGGAAGGAGAACAGGCUGGACACGUUGAAGAACCCGGACCUGGUGUCGAGGAACGGCGUCGUGGCGUGGAGGGCGUCGCUGUGGUUCUGGAUGAAGAACGUCCGGCCGGUGGUGAAGAAAGGGUUCGGAGAGACGAUUCGGGCCAUCAACGGCGCACUGGAGUGCGGCGGCAAGAACAAACCGGCCGUCGAGGCUCGCGUCAAGUACUACACCGAAUACUGCAAGCGCUUCCGCAUCCCGCUGGGGCCUAACCUCCGCUGCUAA